GACUGCCAGUUCGGCAUUAUUGGCUGUUGAAUACUUUGUGAUACGGCUCAUUACGCCGUGUCACUUUGAUAACGUUCUGCACAAUAUCGUGUUUUGACAUUUGAUACGAAAUGCAUAUACUGAUGGAAUGCUUCAUAUUAACACAUUUCCAACAGUCUAUAUAAGAUUUUAUUAAAUACAUCAGCGAGUCGAUUGUCAUUUUACGUGCAUAUUUAAUAUGGUACAUGGUUCGUCAGCAGAUAUAGGACUAUUCAUAAUGUAAGUUUGAAGUGGUCACUGAUAUAAAAAACGGCCACCAGCAACUCGAUUGUAAUUUUCAGUUUUCACGAAUUUCCUGACCUACGGCAACAAACGUACAAACAAAAUGACGGAGCAAAGUACCAAGGAGCAAGUGAAACUGGAAAAUAUAUUGCUGAGGAACUCGGUGCGGAUUCAUGAUAAGCUUCGUGUACAGAACAUGAUCAUGAGUCUCAUAGAUGGAGGCAGGGAGAAGCUGCAGAUUAUCUCUGAUUUUGACCGGACCCUUACAAAGCAGCAUGUGGAUGGCAAACCAACGAUGUCUAGUUUCUGUAUCUUCAGUCAUUGCAGCCAGGUACCGAGUGUCUACAAGGAACAAGAUGAAGUCCUACGCCAGCGCUACCGGCCUAUUGAAAUGGACCCAAAUAUGAGCCGAGAAGAGAAAGCAAAGCAGAUGGUGAAUUGGUACCAGGAAGCAGAGAAACUGCUCUAUGGCUUCGAGUUUCAGACAAAGGAACUGGAGGAUGUUGUCAGGGAUGGAGGAACAGAACUCAGAGAAGGUACCAACAUAAUGUUGCAGUCGCUGCAGGCAGCACAAGUUCCUGUUCUAGUGUUCUCAGCAGGCCUGGGAGACUCUGUCUCAGCUGUGCUCAGGUACUACAGCGUGCUCCUCCCCAAUGUUCACAUCAUCUCCAACUACCUGCGGUUCAACGGUCUUAAAGUGAAUGGACUCCAGGGUGACAUCAUUCAUUCGUUUAACAAGAAUGAACAUGCUCUUGAGAAGUCUGGCUAUUUCCAGGUUCUGGCCAGCCGUAGCAAUGUCUUGCUAUUGGGCGAUGAACUCGGUGAUGCUGCUAUGGCAGAUGGUGUCCAGAAUGCUGGCACGGUCCUCAAGAUUGGAUUUCUAUAUGAUCGGGUGGAAGAGAGACUGGAAGAGUUUCUGAAGCACUUCGAUAUUGUUCUGAUUGACGACCAAACGAUGGAUGUUGUCAACGGCAUACUUGACUUGGUUCUGUGAGCAUUGUCUGUGCCUUCAUUACCGAUGUUAUGAACCGUGUCACCACGUGUUUGUGUACCUCCAUAUUGGAGCUUUGCGAGAAUCAUCGUACAAACGUGAAAUGUAACUGCAGGGCCACGCACGUUAUGAGGCAAAAUGAUGGGUAUUGGCCGCAGCAGUUGCUUUUGCAGGACACUGCCAAAACUAACAAUUCAUUGUACUCAUCUGUUGUAUCAUUAAGUAAGAAAGCGUAACUUGUUUGUUUUCAUUUAGGAAAUAUCACUUCUGAAGUCUGGUCACCUAGACAAAGCACGUGUGCAGACGGAGAGAAUGUAUUUCACAGAUAUUGAAUAUGUGACACGAUAGAAUGACGUCUGUUACAUUGGUUGUGCCUUGCUUGAGUGGAUUUAAUUUCGAUAACAUUGUGUUUGCUGCCAUUUUGUUUAAUUUAUUACACAUCUUGAAUUAUAGAUUUAUGAUUAUUGUUACUUCCAUGCUGCUUUUAUUUUCAGAGUAUUAUAUUUGCCAUUUGCUAAGGCAUUCUGCUUCACUCAUUUAGAAAAUGUAUGUUGAUACCACAAACAUUCAUUGUAGAGAGUACAGAUUGAUAUUAGGGGGCAUUUGUGGGUGUUGGGAAUUUGUCUUAUAAAUAUUGUGGUAUGGUAUGAUGACAUCAACACAGUAGUUGUGAACAAAAAUGGCAGACCUUAAAAUAUGUAAACUCUGCCAUCUGUUAGUACAAUAAAUACGGUACACCAUGUCAUGUUUGGGAUGUGUACGGAGAGGAAGGGCAGACAAGUGACAUGUAGUUCACAAGAGAGAAGACAAGACUGUAAUCUGAGUGUACUGUGGUUAAAGGUACUUCCCAAUAUAUCGCUCCGUGGCCAGUGUAUGUGACCAUACAAAUCAUUAACACAGCACAGUAUCAGCCCUUUUCCUUGUCACUUGAAUUUGUUGUAUCCUGGCAUUGCAGGAUCAGAAACAUUAAAUUUGCUGUGUUGGGCUUGCCAAAUGUUCAUUGGAAAAACUUUGUUCAGAAUAAAGUUUUACAACAGCAGUUUCCCACGACACCUUUUUGAGGGAAGGUCCUUACAGCUAAUAAUUGCAUAUUCAUUUGUUUGUUAUUGUGACUCAAACUUAAGACAUUAACAAGUAAGCUGCUUUGGUACCUAUACAAUGAAAAUAUUAAAAUAAAUCAUGAUUUCUUAUUUUACAGCA